GUUGUGUUUCGAACAAUUCAAAAACUGAAUCAAUUUUCUAAGCAAUUGAUACGAAGGUUUCUAACAUCACUACAUUUGAGUGAUUUUGCCGUCACUCCGCUUUAAAUCUCCCGUACCGGAAACUGAAGAGCAGCAUUGAGUCAAACGCGGAAGUUACGCGUGCAUAGAUAAGAGUCCGUUUGUGUUUGCUGUGUGAAAGCAGCGAAAACGCGUUGAAAUGGGAAAAAGCUGUUGUGCGAUAGGCUGUAGUAACAGAUUUGGCAAGAACUCGAAGCUGUCGUUUUACAGACUACCUAAACAACCGGAAAGGAGAAAUAAAUGGAUCGCUGCACUUUGCAGAAAGAACUGGAAUCCAGUCACCGAAACGUGGAUUUGCAGUAGCCAUUUUGUGUCAGGAACAAAGAAUGAUAAUCCCCUACACCCUGACUACGUGCCAAGCUUAUUUAGUUUCACCUCCAAAAGCGGUCAAACUCGGGCUGUCAACAACCUGGCAAGAUAUGAAAGAUCUCUAGCUGCCGCAGCUCUUCUGGACAUGCAACAGAGUUUUGCAUCAAAAGCAGAGGUGGAUCAAAACAUUUGCAUGUCCUCAUCAGAGGAACAGACUGUUGAGGUCCAAGGUACGGCGGUCCAGACAGAGAUGACACACAGUGAUGUAACCGCUUUACAUGAACAGAUUAAAUCUUUAAACGCCGAAUGUUUUUCCCUUAGGGAUAAAGUUCACACAUUAGAAUGUGAGUUAAAACGGCGUACCCUUGACCCUUCAGAGUUUGAUGACAGCAAAAUGAAAUGCUUCACCGGACUACCCAAUUUACAGACAUUCAUGCUAGUGUUAAAUUUGAUCUCAUCAGUUUUUCCUAAAUCUCCAAAGCAGCAAUUAACGGCUACUCAGGAACUACUACUUACACUCAUGAAGCUCCGCCUCAAUCUCUCAGAGGAACUUUUGGGCCACAUGUUCUUGAUUCAUCAGUCAACUGUAUCAAGAAUUUUUCGACGCUGGAUAAAUGUCAUGGCAAGCAGGCUUCAUCCUUUCAUAUUGCCAGAAAUAGGAGACUUAGCCCCGCCUACUGAGCACAGUGGGUUAGUUGACAAGCUCUUGCCAGAGGACUUGGUAGUUGCUGACCAGGAUGACAGUGUUGGCUUGCUUUCUGCAGAAGUGGAAACGUCACCAUUCGCAGAAGAGAAGAAACAGCUUAGCUGUAAAAAGAUUGACUCAGCUAGAGAAAUGUCAUGUGUGAAAAGAACACAUGUUGAAAAAGUGAUUGGAAUGUUGAGACAGAAAUACACAAUUUUAGGCUCAACUGUGCCUGAACGCCUCAUUACAGUUUUACAAAACGACAAAGUGGAGGACAACCUUAUAGAUAAGAUUGUGUUAACAUGUUAUGGUCUAUGUAAUCUUUGUGAAACCAAAGUGCCUUCAGAUUGAUGGAUUUUUUCUUUGUAUAAAUUGUUAUUUAAACCACCUAUCAUAACUUGACUUUGAUACUAAAAACGCGAUAGGUCUAGAAAAAAGUUGAUGUUGACUGUCAUUAAUAACAGACAAUAGAAUAAACUACAUUUUGUAAAUAGUUAUUUUGUAAUUAUAUGAUUAGAAAUGUAAUAUUUCAUUUAGUAAUGUAUAUAGUUUUUUUUUUUACGGUUUUAUAUAUAUAUAUAUAUAUAUUUCAGUUUUGGUUGACAUACAUUUAAAAACAAAAACUAACAGUGACAAACAUCCUGUUGAACUCUGAUGAAAAUUGUGAGUAAUUUUUGAA